AUGCCGCCACCUCCAUUCACACUCCCAGAAGGAGGCCAGACAGUGGUUUAUUCCACAGUUAACGACCAUGAGAUCAAGUUCGACUUUUGGCUCCCCCGCACUACAGGCCACCUGCCCGCAAUGAUCUACUAUCACGGUGGCGGUAUGUCCGCGGGUUCACGACGAGGCCGAGCAUUCCCGCAAUGGAUGUACAAUCACUGCCAAGAGAAAGGCUACAUCUUCAUCUCAGCAGACUACCGCCUCUGCCACCCAAGUAACGCAAUUGACCAAAUAAGCGACGCAAAGAACUUAUUCACCUACCUAUCCACCAAAUUCCACCAGAAUCUCCCUGAAUCAACAACCCUGGACACAGCUCGUAUCGCCGUGACCGGGUUCUCAGCAGGUGCAUACUCCGCUCGUGCAGCAUGUCUCUACGCAAACCCCAAACCAGCCGCCCUCCUUUCUGUCUACGGACUUGGCGGAAACAUGUUACUGGAUCACUGGACCCGUGCGCGCCCGCCUACCUCUCUUGCUAAAUUCGUCGAUCUCUCAAGUAUCCCCGAGUUACUAGCUGAUCGCACGGUUAUAAGUGAUGAUUUUGGUGACGGUAUAUCGCGUCGCUUUGCUUUAACGGUUUACUGGGAAAUCGAGGGAUUAUUCCUUGAUGGAGUCUUUCAGAGUCCUGGUUUGGGUAAAUUGCUUGAUGCUGUUCCCUAUGAGCAGCGUUUUGGGAUUGUGCCCCAGGAUUUGAAGGAGGGUAUGUUGCAGGAAUUCGUGAAGGGAGAUUAUCCACCUUCGAUUUUUGUGCAUGGUUUGGCGGAUGAGGUUGUCUCUCCGGAUGAAAGUGUUUUCCAGCAUGAGCAGUUGCAGAAACUUGGGGUUGAUUCGAAGUUGUACCUUAUUCAAGGUGGACCUCAUGGUUUGGAGGGGGCUAUGAAGAGGAUGAUGAUGAUGGGUGUACCUGGAACUGAGGGUGGUGAGAAGGUUAUUCAGGAUACUAUGGAGGCUUAUACGGAGGCGAUGGUCUUUAUUGAUGGUGUUUUUGCGAAAUAG